AUGCCGGGCGACUUUCUCCUGGAUGCGUAUCUCGAGGCGGGCCGGAUGGGCAAGUCGAACUUGCACCAGCAGACAGCCGAUUUCGUGCCGCGCCUCCGCAACCAGAUCCAAGCCCAGGUCCAGCAGGGCGCCAAGCUGCCCGCCUCGCUCCAGCUCGACACCACGCUCGACAGCUGUGGCUCUUAUCUUCCGCCGACUCAUGUGCUGGCCAUCUUCAGCGGUACCGACGAGACAAUCUUGGUCGCGGCGCACGAUCUGGUUCUGGCGCUACAGAAGCCUUCAGAGGCGCGGCUGCCCGUUGUGCCCCUAUGCCUACCUCAUCCGUCGGCAUUCGACUCGGUGCACAAGUGGCUCUACAGCCCGGACUCGCCCUGCCUCUUCGAGGACCUGAUCCCGAUGGCAUUCGUGGUCCGUCUCCUUGCCACGCUGUCCAACGAGCGGUAUCAACGGGACGAGCUGGCGUCCCUCUCGCUGCUCGAGAUGGACAACGUCGGGGCGCGCUUAAAAGUGUCGCUUGCCCUAUCUUAUCUCGCCACUUCAACGUUGCUCGAUGUGCUCAAGCGCAUCCAGGCGGUGUGGAAGAACGGCGCUGCGAUGGGCAUCACCUCUCUUCGGUUCUGGGGUCAGCUGGACAAGGCGUGGGAGUCCGUGCUGGGCGCCCUGGUGGAGGCCAAGAGGCGCAAAGCCGCCCUGGCCGCAAGCGGCGCCGACAAGGCAGCGGAUGCACUCGAGCGCGCCGCUAUCUGA